CGAGCAGAAGAGGAAAAUUGCACAACGUGCCCGGCUAGGCACCCCCUAGACGACGGCGGUGGCGACAACGACGGCACGUUCGUUCUACGAUUCCUGGCAUAUCCCGGGCCGGACGGAAGACGGCACGUCACGAUCCCAACCUAGAUGAUAUUUUCAUCCCUGCUGCUGAGAACCCUCGUCGUCGCGGAUGCUCGAUGCUGGCAUCCGCAUCCGCCCCCCCCCCAGAGUCUGAUGACCCAAUCCUGGGGUUUUCGAUCGACGUCGUCUUCGCUAACCCGGUCUAGACCGAGGGUUACGUCAAUGCACUCGUGGCGUCGCAGCGUGCGGGUUGGAGUUGGUUGGGUCAAACAGGACGCCCCCUCCCUCCACCUCGGCCGACGGCCCUGCCAAUCCUGCAUGGGGAGCGGCAGUGUCGUGGCAUGUCAUCCGCGAACAACUUCGCAUCCUCACCUUCGCCUACCGCCUUUGCGAGCCGUAACGGAGUAGCGACCACCACCGUCUCGGCAUGUAGAACCUCUACGCAUGUACGCCGCUUUGCCUGCGUAUACGUAGGUACGUAUGUAAGACCCCAUAAG